AUGCUAAGUGACGAACAAAUUUCAGCUUUGGUGAUUUUUCCGCUUGCUUUGAUCGGUGUUCUGGCAAACUGGUCAGUUGCGAUUCUGAUCCAGAAACUCCCAUCCCUUAAGAACUCUUUUGGAAUGCUCACAACUUCUCAAUCAAUCGGAGACGCAGUUCAUUCCACAACUUUUGCACUCUUUGUGUCUCCAAUGUGCUUUUUCGACAUGAAAUACCUAAAAUCAUAUUCCUUCAUAACCGGUCAAAUUCUUAAUAAGCUAUGAUAUUUCAACUUAUUCACAUCUAUGCAUUUCGUUGAAUCGAUUCUGCUCAAUUGUGACUCCGAUCAGCUUUGAGUCAAUUUUCAAUGCUUCAAAUACCAAGAAGCUUAUAAUUAUUUCAUGGGCUCUAUGUUUUCUAUAUUCACUCUACUUUUACAUAUUUUAUAGUUGCACAUUGACUUACAAAGAAACUAUAUCUGUUUUUGUAUUCACAGAGUCUCCAACAUGUGAUAUUGUAUGGCAUGUGAACUAUUUGAAGUACAAUUCAGUAGUUAUUACGAUAGCUAUCAUCAAUGUGAUCGCUGUUGCAAAAAUUAAAAGUUUCAAAGCAAAAAUUUCAACAUUUUCAAUCCAACCAGCAAAAAAAAAGCCGGACGGAAAUGAGUUUUCUAAAGCAAGCAUGUCUCCAGGCUCUUGCAUUCGUUUUUGAGCUAACCUGCUAUUUUGUUAUAGCUCCUAGGGUUAUGGAAAGUGGAAGGUGGUUUGUGUUUUUUUCGACUACAGUUGUAUGGGUUUGUGUACAUUUGCUAGAUGGAAUCAUCACGCUAACUUUCGAUAAAGAUUUUGGCCAGGUGAUAUUUUGUGGAUUGGAAUUCCGUGAGUUCAUUAUUGAUGGUUUGCUCUGUAACUUUAGCAUUUCAGCAAGCUCAUCCAAUACAAAUAAUUUGAACAAUCUGGUCGUCAUAUCUAAUAAAAUACAUGUUACUAGUUCUUAA